UAUGAUACGGCAAAAGAUCUCAAAUCCUAGUUUUGGAUUGUGCCUAUCGGUUAUAGGAAAGAUAUAUACACAGUUUGUUCUAUCUUACGCCCUGGUUAGCUUCGCUUUGUUCUCUGCUGACAAAUGGGGAGUGGUUUACUGGGAAGUUUGGUAUAUACUACACAUUAUGCUGAUUGUCUGGUUCUUGGUAAGAGGCAAACUAAUUAAACUUGCGAAAGACCCACAAUCAAGUAAUGGAGAAGUCAACAGGGCUGAAAGCAAGAAAGAUGAUUGA